AUGUACCUCUAUAUAUCUCUACAGGAAAGAAAACAAAGAAAGCCUAUUCUCAAAAGCGUGAUUGAUAUGGUGACGGAUAGAAUUAGUUGCUUACCAGAUCAUGUAAUAGACCAUAUUCUAUCAUACUUGCCAAUUAGGGAAGCGGUGAGAACAAGUGUUUUAUCGAAAAUAUGGAGAAACAAUUGGCACACACUGCCAAAUCUCGUGUUUGAUAAUGAAUAUAAAGGUACCUCGAAUGUUGUUAAUGAGAGCACGAUUGUGAAAAUUGUUGAUCAUGUACUUUUAGUUCAUUCGGGUCCAAUCAACUUGUUCAAGUUAUCUAACGAAGAAAGUCUUCCCGAAAUCGAUAUGGAUAGGUGGAUUCUUCAUUUAACCAGAAGGUCUAUUAAAGAGCUCGCGCUAGUAGUUUGGAUAAACGACGCACGCUAUAAGAUACCUUGGUGCUUAUUCACUUGCCAAAGUUUAUGUCAUUUAAAAUUAAAGUGGUGUGUGCUUAAGCCUCCAAAGAUGUUUGAAGGCUUCAGGAACUUGAAAAGUCUUGAGCUGGAGGCGCUAACAGUGGCUCAAGAUGAUUUUGAAAACUUGAUAUCCGGUUGCCCCCUACUUGAAAUAUUGAGAUUGAUAGGAAUUGAUGGUUUAACCCAAAUUAAUAUCCACGCACCAAAUCUAAGGGUUUUUGAAAUCUCUGAUGAAUUUGAUGGUGAAUUUGAUGGUAUUAGCCUUGAUAACACUUUCCAAUUAUCUACGGUAGUUGUUGAUUCAUGGUGGGAUGUGAUGUCAGAAAGCCAUGAAAGUACACUGCGUGGACGCCCUAGCAAUUUACUCAAAAUUUUCGAUAAUCGACCUCACAUACAGAACCUCGUGAUUGGUAGUUGCUUUUUAAAGUAUUUCGCUGCAGGUGAUUUGCCAGUAAAGCUUCCUACACCAUGUGCUGAUCUAAGCUAUCUAUCCUUAACCAUACACUUGGAUGACUUGAAGGAAAUUUCUACCGCUCUUUGCUUGCUCAGAAGCUCACCUAAUCUUCAAAAAUUAAAAAUAUUUGUAGAGAUUGAACUGCAUAAUGUCCCUUUGAGACCUCUCACUGACAGCUAUUCUUGGGAAGAUGUAUUUUCGAGGCCAGCCACACCCAUCCAAGUGCGACAUGUAACAAUAGAUAGCAUCUCCGGCUUUCAACUUGAACUAGAUUUUAUCAAAUUUCUACUUCUCUAUUCGCCUGUGUUAGAAAAGAUAAUUGUGAAGCCUCUUGAAAUUGUUGGAGCGGAGUUCCUUAUCGAACUAGCUCGGUUCAAAAGAGCGUCACGAGAAGCUGAAAUCAUUUAUAUGGUUCCAAAGAGGGUCGGGAGAAGCUGA